UCUACUGUUGAUAUCAGUGAAGACAAAAAACUAAUGCUGGCAGUCAUUGGCUCGAACGAAACAUUGCGCUCUCUCGGUCCCGAGUCAAAUGAUAUAGCCCACUUCGAGGCGACUGGACUCGAUGGCGGAGACGAGUUCACGUUCAAGGGAUGGGUGCAACAAAAGCUCUUCCUUGGUAUUGAGCCAUCUCCAGAUAUUAUAGCGAUCGCAACGAUAUACUUUGUGGAAGGCGCUUUGGGUUUGGCGAGACUGGCACAAACGUAUUUGCUCAAGGACGAGCUUGCACUUGGACCGGCGGAAAUGUCGGCACUCACGGGGGCACUGGUGUUACCCUGGACUAUCAAGCCACUCUAUGGAUUUUUGAGUGAUGGAUUUCCAUUGUUCGGGUUUCGGAGAAAAAGUUAUCUGAUUGUAGCUGGUCUUAGUGGCGGGCUCUCUUACUCUGUCCUUAGUUUGUCUGGCUUUUGGGAAAGCCUCGACAAGGGCGUUGCCAUUAGUGGUACUGUUGGUGCAUUACUACUGAGUAGCGCAUGCAUAGCCAUGUCAGAUGUUGUGGCCGAUGGAAUAGUCGUGACUCGGACUAGGCAGGCAAAAGAUCCUGCAAUAGCAGGCGGUCUUCAGUCUCUGUGCUGGGGAUCGGCGGCUGUCGGAGGUUUGUUGUCGGCGUACUUUUCUGGAGCUUUGUUAGAAGUUAUGUCUAUUCGGAGUAUCUUUGGUAUUACAGCUGUGCUGCCAUUUAUGGUCGCAUUGAUAGCGCUUCAAAUGGAAGAGAAGCCUUACGUAAAGGAAGAAGGGCACGAAGGAUUGGUCAUGGGUGUCAAGGACCAAGCGAAUGCUCUUUGGGAGGCACUCAAACAGCCUUCCAUUUGGAAACCUACGCUGUUUUUGUUUUUAUGGCAAUCAACACCAACAUCCGAUGGUGCGUUCUUUUAUUUUAUGAGCAAUGAUUUGGGUCUGGGACCGGAAUUUAUGGGACGUGUUCGACUGGUUACAUCGCUCGCCACUUUGGGCGGAGUUGUCGUAUACAACCAAUAUCUGAAACGAGUGCCCAUAAAAUCCAUUUUGUUUUGGUCUACAAUCGCAUCCUUCCCGCUCGGCAUGCUGCCCGUUCUACUUCUCACCCACGUGAAUCGCGAAUUGGGUAUUCCCGAUCAGGCCUUGAUUUUUGGAGACGACAUUGCCUUGGCGGCCCUCGGUGAAAUCGCCUUUUUGCCGACUCUUGUACUGGCCGCUCGUCUUUGUCCACCAGGGGUCGAAGCCGUAUUGUUCGCCACACUCAUGUCGGUAUUCAACGGUGCCGGCACGGUGGGAACCGAACUUGGCGCUCUUUUGACCAAGUUGUUUGGUGUGACGGAUAGCAAUUUUGACAACUUGGUGUGGUUGACUGUCCUUUGUAACGUCACUUCUUUGUAUCCACUUUUCUUUAUCGGGUGGCUCGACAAGAUAGGGGAUGUCUCCGAAGAGGAGAUGGAAAGCAAAAAGGGUGUGAUUGAAACAACGGCAAGAACUAAAGAAACGUAGAGGUAGAUCAAUAGGCCGCGAAUGAAAGUGUUCGUAGUCGCAAUUAGAAGAUCCGGUGCAUCGUGUGGUGUCUGUCACCCAGCUGCAACUCUUUACUGUUCACGAAUGCCGAUUUGUUGCUACCUCUACUCGUACACUAAUU